AUGCAAGCUCUUUCAUGUGUCUUGGACAUUGGCAGUUAUCACGUUCAAUGUGGAGUUGAUCAUCGUGAAUUCAUUCCCCGAAGUGUUUUUCGGAAUGUUCUGUUGUAUCCUCCUCAUGAUCAUGAUAAAAAUAACAAUGAACUUUCAAAGACGUUCGAAUCCACCUCAGAACGAUCGUUGAUAAAGAUUGGAGAUUAUGAAAUUGGUAAAUUCCUAAAACAGAAAGUCAAUGGUACCAUUCCAAACAAUUUCUUUCAUUAUCCCAUUCAACAUGGACAAGUUCAGCAUUGGGAAGAUUUUGAACACUUGUUGCAUUUCAUCUAUGAAUCGGAAUUGAGAAUUUUAUCCGAAGAUCAUCCUUGCAUCAUGACACAUUCAUGUUUACCAAUUUUGGAAAAGAAGAAAAUCUUGAAUAUCAUGUUCGAAAGCUUUUUGGUUCCAAAAUUCUAUCUUGCCAAUAAGGCCUUAUGUUCCUUAUUGCGAUCUGGAAGAAACAGUGGAUUGGAAGUGAGCAGUGGACAUGACAUGACAUGUGUCAUUCCCAUCCAUGAAGGAGUGGUCUUGUCUCAUGCCGUUUUGAAAACUGAAUCCAUUGGAGGAAGAGUGAUGAAUGAACAUUUGGAAGGACUCUUGACCGAAUGUUUGAAAUCAACAAGUGAGGAAUGGAUGCCGAAAUGCUCCUUUCUGAAAGAUCAAUGUUUGGCCAAAAUGAAGGAAAAUUUUGGUUUUUAUAUUUCACAAGAUUAUGAAAGCGAAUUGGCAUUGAAACAACAAGAAUUGUCAAAUUGUCGUGAAAAAUAUCAAUUACCAGACGGGAAUGAAAUUCUUUUAGAUUCACGAAUGAAAUUUCAAGCGUGUGAAAUAAUUUUUCAACCACAACAGGUUUGUUCAAACAAUUCCAUUCCAACACAAGGACUACACGAAAUGAUCUAUCAAUGCGUUCAACAAUGUCACGUCGAUCUUAGAUCCACAUUGUAUUCGAAUAUUGUCCUUUCAGGAGGAAAUACCAUGUUUACAGGAAUUGACACUCGAUUGAGAAACGAGUUGAAUUCUUUGGUUCCUACGGACAUGAAUGUUCAUGUGAAUGCACCUCAAGAGAGAAACUAUUCUGUAUGGAUGGGAGCACUUGCCAUUGCUAGAUGCUCACAAAAUCAUGAUUUAUGGGUCACUUUGGAAGAGUUCAACGAAUUUGGAGAAAAUAUUGCACACCGAAAAUUAAUCAUGACAUGA